UCUUUCUCUUACCUAAUAGAGAUGGAAAAGGAUGUGUGUGAUCUUUCCCCUACAUGGGAUGGUGAUAAUGGAAACUCUGUGGAGAAAAGGCUCAGGUUAUUUGGCUUUGAGCUAAACCCUUCUAAGAAUAACGAGGGAUGUAUCAAAGAGUCUGCUGAAGGAGAUGAAAGUGUGAACUCCUCUAACUCAGUUUCAUCAGGAGGAGAGAAAACUCCUGAGGAGAAGGGCACAGCCAGAGACCCAGAAGAGAGAAAGUUUGAGUGCCAAUACUGUUUCAAAGAAUUUGCAAACUCACAAGCAUUAGGAGGCCACCAAAAUGCCCACAAGAAAGAAAGAAUGAAGAAGAAAAGAUUGCAGCUUCAAGCUAGGAAAGCUAGCAUAAACUGCUACCUACAACCUUUUCAAAGCAACCAUGGCUUUGCUUACCAUGGCUCUAAUACUCCUUGGUUCUAUGAUCCCUCUUCCUAUAACUCUGAGUUCACCUUGUGUGAAGAGUCUCAGAUUAGCUUCAAUUCAAAUUAUCAAGAUACCAACUUUAGUACUGGUGAUCAGAAAUCUAGUUGGUAUUCUUUGCCAUCCCACACUCCUCCCCAACAACAAACUUGCAUGUUUGCUUUCUCCAAUACAGAUAAUUUUACAGAUAAUAGGCCUUUCAUCUUCAAGUCUCGUCACUUCCCUGCUUCAAACCAGAGCCAUAGUAAAGCUUUGGAUCUUCAAUUAGGCCUCAACAUGCAAUCAAAUACAAGAAGCUCUCAAAGAAGGCCUUAAUUUAGUAUAGGACAUAUAGAUUAAUUAACAGUUUUUAUGUUUUCCUUGAAUUAUUUAAAUGUAUCAAUUCUCAAGCAUAUGGGAAAAGAAAAUGAGAAAAGUUAGAAAAAAAAAAUUCACAAUUCAUUUAGAGUUGGCUGGCCCUGGC